AUGUCAACUACCGAGACUGUACCAGUACCAGCCCCAGCUGUUGCUUCCGUCGGGGACGCCUUGAACGGCCCGGCGAAAGCUCAAGACCCUCCCCAAGUCCAGGUCGCGGGAACGACCAAGAGUGGAAGAAAGUUGAACAUCAGAAGCUACCCCAAGUUCGACAAGUUGGAAGAUGAGAGACUGUACCGCAAGCAGCACCUCGCUGCCGCUUUUCGGGUCUUUGCCGAUCGCGGCUUCGACGAGGGCGUUGCCGGCCACAUUUCCGUUCGCGACCCCAUCCUGACCGACCACUUCUGGCUGAACCCACUGUCGAUGCAUUUCUCACUCAUCAAGGUUUCGGAUCUCAUCCUGUGCGAUGAGGAUGGUAAUGUUGUCGAGGGAAACGAGCCCGUCAACGGGGCCGCCUUCGCCAUCCAUUCACAGAUCCACAAGGCCAGGCCAGAUGUCACUGCAGCCUGCCAUGCCCACAGCGUGCACGGAAAGGCCUUCGCUGCCUUUGGGCGCGAGCUCGAGAUGAUCACCCAGGAUGCUUGCCGCUUCUACAAGUCGCACGGCGUGUACCAAGACUUGAAGGGGGUUGUGGUCGACAGCGAGGAGGGAAAGCGAAUCGCGAAGGCCCUGGGAAACGGGAAGGCCGCCAUCCUUCAGAACCAUGGUAUCCUGACCGUCGGCUGUAGUGUCGACGAGGCCGCCUUCUGGUUCAUCAGCCUCGAAAAGACGUGUCAGGCACAGCUGCUGGCCGAUGCUGCCUCGGCGGGCGGGUACAAGAAGAUCUUGAUUGACGAUGAAGAAGCUGCUUACACGGCGGCUCAAGUCGGUGGCCCGGAGAAGGGCUGGCUGGCUUUCCAACCAUACUACGAUGAGCAGGUCGCCAAGACGAAGGGGGAUUUUCUUGGCUGA